UCGCCGGUCUUCACCAAACCCAACAUCAGGCGCUGAUGGACCUCAAGUUGGAGCAGGAGGAUCGCUUCCGGCUGUUGGUCCAAGCCCAGGAUGAAGACCGGCGAGUCCUCCGGAGCUUUCUGGGCCGGGAGGGCACCCCAGCAGCAGUCCCCUCCUUAGCGCACGUCCCGCUGAUGAAGAUGGGUCCACAAGACGAUCCAGAGGCGUUUGUGGAUCUCUUUGAGAGAACAGCGGAGGCGUGUGGCUGGGAGCGCACACAAUGGCCGGUGCGCCUCAUUCCGCUGCUGACUGGGGAGGCACAGGUGGCGGCCCAACAGCUGCCUGUAGCGAACCUCCUGGCCUAUGACGACCUGAAGCGGGCCGUCCUUCAGCGAGUCGGCCGUACCCCCGAACAACAUCGGCAACGCUUCCGGUCAAGGGAGCUGGGGGACAGCGGCCGGCCUUUCGUGAUGGCCCAACAGCUCCGGGAUGCUUGCCGCAGGUGGUUGCUGGCGGAGGAUCGCGAUGUCGAAGCAGUGGUCGACCUGGUGGUACUGGAACAGUUCAUCGCUCGGCUGCCUCGGGGGACGGCCGAGUGGGUCCGGUGCCACCGCCCGUCAUCGCUGACGCAGGCUAUCCAGCUGGCUGAAGACCAUCUGGUGGCGUGCCCGGGGGGUGGCGAGCCCCUUUUUAACCUCUCUCUCUCUUCUCCUUCCCAUCCCUCUCCCUCUCGCCCUAUUCCUGUUCCCAGGUCGCGGAGUAACGUGCCCCCUCGUGUCCCACAACGGAGUGGGGCCUUCCAGGGGAACAGACCAGGGACACGGGAGGGCGCAGGGGCUACUGGUCCCUCCGCCCCUUUCUCCUCUCUCCACCAAUCUUUUGGCCAUCCUUCUGCCGCUGGGGCGGCGGGAAGGCCUGGGCCGGCCUGCUGGAGAUGCGGGGACCCGGGGCAUUUUCUGGACCGGUGUCCAAUGAUGGAAGUGGGAGCAUUGAUCCGGGUUCCCGACUCCCCAGCGGCCGCCCCCGAUCAGGCUGGACUGUACCAAAUACCUUGAUUGGGGGAGAGAGGAUUUAUAAGCGCCGAGCAGACCGGCGAGAGGAGGCUGGAUCUUGGAUAGAGCAGAGCUGAGCAGUCUGUGUGCGGUUAUAUGUUUAAAGGCAGAGAGCCGAGCCGCAGUUUACUUUUGUUUAUCGUGUUUUAUUUUGAAUUAAUAAAGAGCAUUUUUCGCCA